AUGGGCGACGCUUCUGGCAUGAGAGUCCCUAUCCUGGACAUUCGCUCUACCACCCUGAAGUCCUUGGCCGACAAUGUACGUGCAACGAUGAACCCGCCGCCGGGCGAGGCAAAGAGCUUGUCGACACUGCUGCUCUACGACGACAAGGGGCUCAGGAUCUUUGAGGAAAUCACCUACCUGGAGGAAUACUACCUCACCAACGCCGAGAUUGAUACCCUUCGUACCCAUGCGGCAGAUAUCGCGGCUCGAUUCCCUGCUCAUAGCCGGCUCGUAGAGCUCGGAAGUGGGAACCUCCGAAAGGUCAGUAUUCUUUUGGACGCUUUCGAGGCUGCCAAGAAAGACGUCGAGUACUAUGCACUCGAUCUGUCUCUCCCCGAACUCGAGCGGACGUUUUCGCUGCUCGACAUUGAGGCAUACAAGCACGUAAUGUUCAGAGGCCUGCACGGGACCUAUGACGAUGCGCUCGUUUGGUUGAACCACGACGCAAGGCGCUCCCCCAAGUGUAACACAACAUGUAUAAUGAGCCUGGGCUCCUCUAUUGGGAACUUCGCGCCGCACGAUGCCGCGGUAUUUCUGGCUGGUUACGCUCGUGUGCUCGGCCCUGAGGAUAGCCUUCUGGUUGGUCUUGAUGCAUGCCAAGACGCAGAGCGUGUUUUCAGGGCAUACAAUGAUGACGAAAGCGUUACCGAGCGCUUCUAUCGCAAUGCAUUGGAUGGUGCCAACGGUCUCCUCGGCUAUAACGCCUUUCAGCAAGAUGAUUGGCGCGUCCACACUGCGUUCGACAAUCAGCAAAAGAAGCAUUACGCCACAUAUGUCGCUCUGAAAGAUGUCGAGACCAAGGACUUCAGCGUUCGUGCAGGAGAAACGAUUUAUCUUGAAGAAUCCUGGAAAUUUCCUGGAGAUCGUAGCCAUAACCUUUGGCGUGAAUCUGGCCUAGUGCAUCAAAUGGCUUUCGAAAAUUCCUCAAAGGACUAUCAAAUCCACCUUCUGUCUCCGGCAAAUUUCGAAUUCAGGGAGAAUCCAAAGCAAUACGCUGCAUCUCCUAUGCCGACUCUCACCGAGUGGCAACAACUCUGGGCUGCCUGGGACACCGUCACUAAGGCCAUGGUCCCCAAGGAUGAGCUCCUCAACAAGCCGAUCAAGCUCCGGAAUGACCUGAUAUUCUACCUUGGUCACAUUCCAGCUUUUGCAGACAUCCAUCAUCAUAAGGCGACAUCGGACAAGUUCAUCGAACCGGCCAGUUAUCCCAAGAUGUUCGAGCGCGGCAUCGAUCCAGACGUUGAUGAUCCAGAGAAGUGUCAUGAUCAUUCCGAGAUCCCGGACAAAUGGCCGCAGCUGGACGAGAUCACGAAGUAUCAGUCUGACAUUCGGGCUCGUUUCACGGAGAGUAUUGAGUCAGGUCGGACUUUGUCUGACCGGCGUCUUGCGCGAGGCUAUUGGUUAGCCUACGAACACGAGGCCAUGCACCUGGAGACUUUUCUCUAUAUGCUCAUCCAAAGCAGCCGAGUCCUGCCACCUCCGGGAAGUCCGACCCCUGACUUCGAGAAAUUGGCGCAGACCUCCUCACAGAAUCGUACCCCGAACCAGUGGCAUACCAUUCCCGAAUCGAAGAUCGUUCUCGGACUGGACGACCCGGAGAAUAAUGAUGGUCCCGACAGAUACUUUGCGUGGGACAUCGAGAGGCCGUCCCGCACGGUCACAGUCAAAGCUUUUGAAGCCCAGAGCCGCCCCAUCAGCAAUGGCGACUACGCAUAUUUCCUCGAGUCAACGAACGUUGAUACAUUGCCUGCCUCCUGGAUCGUCAAGGAGGCGUUCGACAGCAAUCUAACUAGCUGGAACAGAGACACAUCCUCCACGCAGGCUGGCCCCGUCGCUAGUCCAGCUUUCGUCGAGGGCAAGUUUAUCCGAACAGUUUACGGGCCUAUUCCUCUGAGGUACGCCCUCGAUUGGCCGGUCAUGGCAUCAUAUGACGAACUCGCCCACUACGCUACGUGGGCUCACGGUCGCAUCCCUUCUUUAGAGGAGACACGGAGUAUCUACAACUAUGUUGAUGCUCAGAAGCUGCAAGCCCCUGAGAAGCCAGGAGAGCUGAUCUCUGCUGUGAACGGACAUCUCAGCAACGAUGGCGUAGAAGAGACGCCACCGUCAGGAACUUCCCUCAAGGCUGCCAAUGGCAGCACUCUCCAACCCACUGACUUCUUUGUUGAUCUGACUGACUGUAAUGUCGGCUUCAAGCACUGGGUGCCUUCUCCAGUGACGUCUGAUGGAGCCAGACUGCGCGGGCAAGGCGACAUGGGAGGUCUGUGGGAGUGGACGAGCACUGUAUUGGCAGCCUUUGAGGGCUACAUACCCAUGGAGUUGUAUCCGGGUUACUCCGCUGAUUUCUUCGACAACAAGCACAACAUUUGUUUGGGUGGGAGCUGGGCGACCGUGCCGCGGAUUGCAGGACGACGCAGCUUCGUCAAUUGGUACCAACACAACUAUCCGUACGUCUGGUGCACUGCGAGACUGGUCCGCGAUGUUGCCUGA